AUGGAGUCGCUGUCUAACUACACGAAAGAAGGAUCAGGUUGGGCAGUGGAGGAGGUAGAAGGCAUGCAGGUUAGCAUGGCCAGGUACGUACCAAUACGAGGAGGAAGUUAUGUACCACUACCAACGUGGAUAGAAAGGAAGAAAGCCAUAGUUAACGUGAAGAACGAUGACAACAGAUGCUUCAUGUGGGCAAUACGAUCCGCACUGUAUCCAGUAGGUAAGGAUCCAUGUAGACCAAGCAAGUACCCAAGCGACGAUUUGGAGUGGGAUGGAGUAGAGUUCCCAAUGCAGUUGAUAGAUAUUCUCAUAUUUGAGAAGGAAAAUGACCUAGCCAUUAACGUUUACGGGGCCCGAGAUCAAACGAUAGUGCCACUAGUGUUUUCAAAGUCGUAUGGAGAGCGCAUACACCUUUUCUACCAUGGUGGGCACUAUUCAUGGAUUAAGCAUCUUAGUAGAUUAUUUUACAGACACACCAAGCAUAAAGGUAAGAAAUACUUCUGCGACUGCUGCUUGUUGUCAUUUACUUCCUUAAAAGCAUUAAAGAGCCACGAUGAAAUAUGCCGUGGAGUAGAAGAAGUCGCACAGCGAAUACAAAUGCCCACGCAAAAGGAAUUGUCAUACGAGGACCACCGAAGGCAAACCGAAGUGCCUUACGUGAUUUACGUUGACUUUGAAGCGAUAAUUACAAAGGAGGACCAAAAGAAUGGUGCCACGAAAAGACUGGGGUUGCAUGAGAUUUGCUCAUACGGUUACAUAGUUGUCAGACACGAUGGUAAAGCAGACCCACCAGUUAUUUAUCGAGGCAAGAACGCAGCAAACAAGUUCCUCGUAGCCCUGCAGGACGAAGAAGAAGUUAUCAGAGACAAAUUGCGCUGCAAGAAGAAGGUAGCAUUCACCAAAGAAAGUCAAGCAGCAUAUGCAAAAGCUAAGAUUUGUCACGUAUGCGACCGCGAUCUUCUACAAUACGGUCGACAGGCUAAAAAGGCAUGGGAUGAGGAUGGUAAGUAUCUUGGGGAAGCACUCUUUAAGUGCGGUACUUACGCAAAGAAAGGAGAAAAAGCAGGGAAACCAUCCACGCACUGCAUUCACUGCCACAAGAGAUUCGUAGAAGACUUUUACAUGGAUAAAGUGUUGGACUACUGCCCACUAACGGGUGCCUACAUAGGAGCUGCGCACUGGAGAUGCAGGACGAGAGUAAAUCCAGACAUGGAGAUCCCCGUAUUCUUUCACAACCUUCGCGGCUACGAUUCUCACCUCCUCCUUCAGGGCACGGACGGCUCCGACGUCAAGUGUAUACCCAAUAACAAGGAGCGCUACAUGUCCGUAACUGUUGGCAAGCUGAAGUUCUUAGACUCACAGCAGUUCAUGGCGGACUCCUUAGCGAACCUAGUAAAAUACAACACCAACUUCCCCAUUUCCAGUAAAUACGGAGCGGAAAGGAAAGGAGUCUACCCGUACGAAUACAUGGAUUCAUGGGAGCGAUUUCAAGAAUCUUUGCCAAGCAAAGAUUGUUUCUACAGCACCCUAAACGAGUCCGGAAUAAAGGACGAGGAGUACCAGCACGCCUUAGACGUGUGGCAAAAGCAUGACUGCCAAACGAUGGGUGACUACCACGACAUCUACCUACGUUCAGACGUUGUGUUGCUUGCCGACGUAUUUCAAAGCUUCCGGAAGAUGGCCAUGGAGUACUACGGGUUGGAUCCCGCGAACUUUUACACAGCUCCUGGACUUUCUUGGAGCGCCCUGUUGAAGAAGACGAACGCGCAGCUGGACCUACUAUACGACAUGUACCGGUUUAUGGAAGACGGUAUUCGUGGCGGCGUUUGCGGGCCCAACAGACGAUACGCAAAAGCGAACAAUCCCACAGUAGAGUACGACCUGGAGAAGCCAACCACAUACAUCUUCUACUUAGACGCAAACAACCUCUACGGUUGGGCAAUGUCGCAGUACUUACCUGUACGCGACUUCGAAUGGGAUGACAUAAAGCCCAUAGACUUCUACAUGCAGGUAGACAAAGAAGCAAAUAAGGGUUACGUACUGGAGGUGGACCUAGAGUACCCAGAGCACCUGCACGAUGCGCACGAUGAGUUUCCCCUUGCUCCGGAGGCGAUAAAGAUACCGUUUAAGCAGCUGAGUCCGCUGCAGAGGGAAAUGUGUACUGGUUACAAACCGUAG